GCGGUGUUUCUGUUCUUCAGCUGGGACUGAGGCUCGUCUUGUCCACGGCUGCGCUCAGAGUAAUUCGACCCUCAAACCCGGAUGUAACCAACGCCUAACCUGUCUGAAGAAAAACGAUGCAGACUAUAAAAUGUGUAGUGGUAGGAGACGGUGCAGUAGGAAAGACCUGCUUGCUGAUCUCCUACACAACCAACAAGUUCCCCUCAGAAUAUGUGCCCACGGUUUUUGACAAUUAUGCGGUGACAGUGAUGAUCGGAGGAGAGCCCUAUACACUGGGCCUUUUUGACACAGCAGGUCAGGAGGAUUAUGACAGGCUGCGUCCUCUCAGCUAUCCACAGACAGACGUCUUCCUUGUAUGUUUCUCUGUCGUCUCCCCCUCAUCUUUUGAAAACGUCAAAGAGAAGUGGGUUCCUGAGAUUUCCCACCACUGCCCCCGCACACCCUUCCUGUUAGUGGGCACACAGGUGGACCUGCGGGAAGACAGCAACACAGUGGAGAAGCUGGCAAAGAACAAACAGCGCCCCCUAUAUCCUGAGAGCGGAGAGAAGCUGGCGCGUGAGCUCAAAGCUGUCAAAUACGUGGAGUGCUCUGCUCUGACACAGCGAGGGCUUAAGAAUGUGUUUGAUGAGGCCAUCCUGGCGGCCUUGGAGCCUCCUGAGACCAAAACCAAGAGAAAGUGUGUUCUGCUAUAGAUGAACAACGGCAGUGAGAGACCUAACGGUGUUAGAAAUAGGUGGGGUGAAUCAAAACAUCAGAAAGAUCAAUGGCCAUUAUGAAAAAAAGGACAAAACAAAAGGGGAAGGGAGGUACAAUGCCAUUGAGACUUAUUCUAAUACACGUGUACACUGAUUGUGCCUUCAAAAUAAACUUUGAAAGAGGCUGAGGCAGCAAAUCUUCAGCAUGCAGUAAAUGCAGUAAGUGUCACCUAUCUCCUUUUCUGAAAGCUUUUAAAAAUUGCAGUGUUCUUUCUACAAACAUUCAGGUGGGGCGGGCCCCCCCUGCCUGUCACUGUUGUGCCAUUUUUUUCUAAAAAAAAGAAAGACUCAUUUAUAUAGUUGCCUUUGGCCUCCUCUGUGUUUUUACCUCUUGCGGUCUAUCGGGGCUUUUAAACCCAGUGUAGAAAAAUAUAAACGGGGAAACGCUUGCGUUACAUUUAACAUUAAGUUUUUAGUGAACUUUGGUUAGUGUGGUUAAAAGGGGCAACUUAAUGUUAAGUGGUACUCCAUUUGCUUUCUUUUCUGAUCCUUUUAGAUUGAAUAAUGAAAGCACAAGAGAUAUUAUUGCCACUCCAAACAAAGGUAGCUGUCUGAAAUGAUUACUUUCUUCCCACUUCCUGUGACUUUUCUGGGAGGCCAAGUGCAUUUUCACCAAUUUCCCUUCUCUGGGUGACUUAUGAAUUUCUAUUUUAUUCUCCUUUUGUUUAUAUUGUAUUAAUUCUGUGACUCUGUUGUGGGAAAGUUUUAGCAGUUAUUCAUUUUGAAACUUGACUUUUUAUUUUAUCCAGAUUUUUUUUAUUGCUAGACUACCAACUUUUGAGUGAUUGAUAAUAUAACAAAUUAAGUUGUAAUAUUUUCAAUAGAUCUUAAUCUUGAUAGAGAUUGAGAUGAUAACCUUUGCUAGUAAAUUUCUGGGUGUUUGUAAUCACAGGAUAUUUUUAAUAAAAAUGGUUUCAUGACA